GCGUUUAUAUAAUGGAUAAUGGGGGCUUUCCUGGGAACAAUCCAAGAUUAUGGAGAGAGUAGUACAACUCAUGGAAUCAAAUACAUUGUUGAGAGAAGACAAGUAUUUGUUCACAGGGUUCUAUGGUUUCUUAUAGUUGGUCUAGCGAUCCUUUUUGCUGCUUACCUUUCUAACAAUGCAUACAACUCCUGGCAGAAUGAUCCGAUUAUCACGACUGUGUCUACAACAGCGCUUCCCAUCAACACUCUCAGCUAUCCGGCCAUCACAGUGUGUGGCCAGGGAAUGGCUACUGACACCUUGGAGAAAGUUCUCGAGGAACAAUUUCAACAAUAUUUAGUUGAUGCAGGAGUAAAUAUUAAUGGUAGCGUAGAAAAAAUAACCCCCGCAGAGCAGAAAGAAUGGAGGGAAAGACAUCAAAAAGAAAGUUUCCCAGGAUUAACAGUUCCCCUGGCGGAUGUGGCGAGUUUAAUGACAGCUCCAAACCCUGCAGCUGCUCUGGGGGCUAAAGCUGUGUCUGUGGCAGCUGACGACGCGAGAGCUCCAAGUGUAGUGCUCGGUAUAACAAGUCGUCCUAUAAUCGUCAUUAAGAAUAAUCGAACCAAAAAAGCUAUUCGUCGAUAUAAUGAAAGAUUUCACGCACUGUCGACCUUGUCAACUCUACGGGGUGGAUGCCCACCAGGCUGGGUAUCUACAACAACCAGUGCAUACUACUACUCUACAUACUGCUACAAGGUUCUACCUGGAUUAUAUAGUCUGGAAGAAGGGAAGAAAGCAUGUAAAGAAGAAGAACCUAAAUCUAUUUUGCUAGAAUUUGAAACUAGAAGCGAGGUUGAUGAUAAUCAGUUGUGUUANGGACGAAAGAGCGAGGGUUACAUGUGGGCGGAAAAGGAUUCAUACGUCUUGAAACAAGCAACGGUAUCAGAAUCAGUAAAAUCGUCUUCCUUAUAUUUCGAAUUUGUGUUAACAAAGUUAUUUUGUUUUAGUUGGCCGAUGUUAAGAAUAGUUCCUAUGCCAUGUGAUGGUGCCGCGAAGGUGAUUUGUACAGCUGAUGCAACAGCUGUCAGACGUAGGAGAAAAGCUGAAAUAUUAGAUUUGGCUAAGAAUGAAAGUGACACUGAUUCAUAUUUCAUCCAAGAGGAAUCAGAAAUCCCAGAAUCACGUGUACGACGGGAGGUGAAAGCUCCAAAGUUCGAUGUAUUUCUUAACCCGGAGAAACGACCAGCUCAGGAAGAAAUAGAAAAACGGCUCUCACAAAAAUUCAAGGCUGUGUUUAAAAGCAUGAAUUUAACUCACAGCUUCCCAAGUAUUUUUCAAAUGCUGUGGCACAGCAUUAACCCUUGCUUCGAUAUCAGGAAGUGGACCUCGGACUACAGGGAUGAAAAAUCUACUAUUAAACGCUGUUGGUGGAAAGGGGUUCCGGUCAACUGUACAGCAAUAUUUAAAACUAACCCUACAGAUAGAGGAAUGUGCUGUACAUUUAAUGCCCGGGCCGCUGAGGAUAUUUAUAAGGACACAAUGUUCACAAGAUCAGUUGCUGCAACCCAGAAAAUGAAUCUUCUAAACUCCUUCGAGGAAGCAAACCUGCCUCCUGGCUUUGAAUCAGGGGAAGAACCAACUCCUGAAAUAGGUAAGAAUCGCGGAUUAACAAUUAUGGUGGAUUCUCACGCUAACAUUCUUUCCCCUGGUACGGUUGGAGACGACUUCGAAGGUUUUUUAUCUGUAGUCAACUCUCCAGCUAAAUUUCCUUCAAUAACAGAAAAGGGAUUCGUGAUUAGACCAGGGCAUGAAAAUCUGGUAGCAAUGGGUGCUGUGGAUACUAUUGCAGAUGAUAGCAUUAGAGGGAUUCCUGCAUCAAAAAGAAACUGUUAUUUUCAAGAUGAAUAUCCCCUGUCUAUGCACAAACUGUACUCCCAAUCUGGUUGUGUAUUCGAGUGUUUACUGGAGUUUGGAAAAUCCUUGCCAACUAGUGGAGGGUGUACACCUUGGUUCUAUCCAACAAGAGACACGAAGAUGUGUGACCCUUGGCAGACAAAUGCAUUUAUUAAAGGAAUAUUUGGUGGAGCUGCUAGUCGAUCUUGUAACUACUGUUUACCAGAUUGUGCUAGUACUACUUACUCUAGUUCAGUUUCUGCUACACCACUCAGGAGGUGUGAUACUAAAAACAUUGGAUUAUCUUUGCUUUGUAAAUUUACCGACGACCUUCCGCAUCCUAAAAUGUGGUCGGAGCAGGUUGUGGCUGAGUAUAAAAGACUGUAUCCAGAUGAAGACCUCCCGCUUUUUAUUCAGGAGAUUGAGAAAAGAAGUUCAAAAAGACAGUAUUUGGAUCCGAAAAAGGUUAAAACUGAAGCAAUAUUUGACGGUAAGCUUUUCAAUUUUCAAUGCAAUAACUAUACUGUAUUCUAG